UGAAUGAAAGUACUUUUUUUUUUCUUUAUAAAUGGUUAAAUACCCCAUCUCUUAGACCAGCCUGAUUCCAUUUUCUGUAUCUCUUCCUGUCCAGAAUACAUAUUUUUUGGAUAAGAAGAGAGAAAACCCAAGGAAGAAAACUCUUCUUCUUUCCUUAAUUACUGUCUACUCCCUUUGUUUCAUCACCAGCUACCAACCAUGGUGUAUCCGAACCAAUCCAUGUCGCUCUCUCCCCAGAGAAAAAUUGGUAGGGGAAAGAUUGAAAUCAAGCGGAUCGAAAACACCACCAAUCGGCAAGUCACCUUCUGUAAGAGACGCAAUGGUCUGCUCAAAAAGGCCUAUGAGUUGUCUGUUCUGUGUGAUGCUGAGGUUGCACUAAUCGUAUUCUCUACCCGUGGCCGCCUUUACGAGUAUGCUAACAACAGUGUGAAAUCAACCAUUGAGAGGUACAAGAAGGCAUGUGCAGAUUCCUCCAAUACUGGCUCUGUUGCUGAAGCCAACACUCAGUUCUACCAGCAAGAGUCUGCUAAACUGCGUGUGCAAAUCGGAAAUUUGCAGAAUUCAAACAGGCAAAUGCUGGGUGAGUCUUUGAGCAAUUUGACUGUAAAAGAGCUCAAGAACUUGGAGAAUAAAUUAGAGAGAGGAAUUAGCAAAAUUAGAUCCAAAAAGAAUGAGCUCUUGUUUGCAGAAAUUGAGUAUAUGCAGAAAAGGGAAGUUGAAUUGCAUAACAAUAACCAGCUUCUCCGAGCAAAGAUAGCCGAGAAUGAGAGAAACCAGCAGAACUUGAAUGUGAUGCCAGCAGGAGGUGGGAACUAUGAGUUCAUGCAAACUCAGCAAUAUGAUUCUCGAAACUUUUUUCAAGUAAAUGCAUUACAACCCAAUCAUCAGUACCCACGUGAAGACCAGAUGUCUCUUCAAUUAGUUUAAUAAGCUUUAGGGCCUUGCAAUAUCAGCUGUUUUUAUAUUCCAUGGAGAAUAUCAAAUAUGACAUCAAGUGAAAGCUACAGGUAUGUUGUCAAACGCUAAGCGGAGGGUACUAUCCCUAGUAUUGUGGCUUUGUAGACUGUCAUAAGACUCCUAAGAAUGCUAUUUGAGAUGGAUCUGUGUUGUGUAUGUUUAUUCAAGCACUAAGAACUCUAUUGCAGAUACCACUAACAUAAUUAUCAUCAUCAGUCUUAUUUGAUUUUUAA